AUGCUGAUGCUUGCUGAGGUGCGAGCGUACGUCCAAGACCGACUGGUGGCGGACCUCGAGGGUUUUGAGCUGGCGCUGCAUUCAUUGUCCGCUCGCGAGAUCGCCACCCGAUCUGGUGGGCAUACGCAUGUCGAUGCUCCGAUCGCUACCCAGACAAGAGAUGAGGUCUUGGGUGAAGAGCAUGGGGAUAAUUUCCGGUACAAGAUGAGCGAGAACAUCAGGCGCCAGCUAAGCGGCGGGGAAGUGAAAGGCAUGGGCAUCGGUGACUUCUCGAAGAUGAAAGAGGUGUUUGAUUCGGCGCCCACAGGAAAGAUGCCUAAUCCACUCGAUGCUGGUCUAGCUAUGCUUCCUAGCAUAAACUUCCUUAGCACUUUCGAGGGGGUGUCAGUUGAUGAGGUCUCGACAGUCGAUGGUAUGGGACAAACAUUGAAGGAUGCCAUCAUCACGAUGAUUCUGCUCGACGAGACGCGGGCUGCACAAGAGUCGGACGUUGCGGCCAUGAAAUUUGGCUGGGGCAAGACUCAGCGAGAUGUGGAUGAUAGGGAGAGGCUGAAGGAGAUGGAGAGAUUGCUGGAGAUCCCGCGAAGUAAGACGGAGCAGGAUGAAAGGCAGUUUGAUGAGAAGGCUAGUGUCGGAGACAAGUUGAAGGAGGGCUUCUCGAAGCUGAAAAUGAAGGCUAGCAGCAAGUCAUGA